CGGCCGGUCUCGCCACUUGGCUCGCUGGCCCCGCGGUGGCCAGACUUCGCGCACGACUCCGUGACGGGUGGUCUUAUCUGAAGUGCGGCAGGGGGCAGCAGUGGUGGGAUCGGACCAUGUGGGAGGCGUGCUCCGACAUGUUUCGGUGCAGAGAACGGGGCGUGCAUCACAGCUCGAUCACGGAUCUGGUAUUUGUGACAGGGCCCGCAGAGUGUGGGGAUCGGGGAUGCAACAGACGGCAAAGUAUAAAUAUGGCGGAUGGGUCCCCCAGGCUGAGAGGUUGGUGUGGCCGUGUAGUGUAGUAUCUGUAGUAGUAAUUUGGCUUGUGGUUUUCCUUCUGUAUCACACAACAAAGAACCCAAACUCACUUACACACACACACAAUUACAAUGGCUAUCACUCCUCUUAAGUUCGCAGCAGGUGUCGCUAUCGCCGCCGUUCCUCUGCUUGCCACGACGGUGUUCUGCAGACCGGCGUUCGCCAACGCAAUCAACAACCACUUGAUUCAGGAGGAAAUGGAGGCUAAGAGAGCACACAACUACAAGACAGACUACUACGCCAAGGACCCUCAACGCGACCGGAUGUUGGCUGCCUACGCCCUGAAGGGCGAAGGCAAGGCCAGAGAUUUCACUCCAGCCAGCGAGCUGCAAUGAUUUUGGUGGCACGCUUCUGCCGUCAGGCGAAACGAACAUACUCUGCACAACAUUCAAACUCCCUUCAUUUCUUGUCAUGAUAUGGUAUGUUUCUAUGCUAUUUUAGUUCUACGUACACAUAUAUAUUUGCCUUUAAUAUUAAAUUAUGAUUCUUCGAUACAGAAAAGAGUACACUUUCGAUAAAGCAGAGAUGGGAAAAAAGGUUGUAGAGCACAGGUCAGCUUUUUUGUAGACGGAAAAAAAAUAUGCGUUUGCGCGUGUGGGGAUAACAAGGGGAUAACAAGGACCAUAAUAACCUUUGCACAAAAAGAGGAACUGAAAAGAUAGUUGAGGAGAUAUUUCUAACAGGUACGGCGUAAGUUAUGAGUACACUACUUAAGACAUUGGGACUU